CGCUCUGUCAGGAGUCAGAAAAAUAUCGGCUCAGGGAGAACGCUCUGCAAGGUCGCAAACAUGACGGAGAGUCCUGCAAACGCGACAUUCGGUGACUAUGACAACGGUACUGAGACAUAUAUCGAUGACGACGGCUUCUGCAUCAUGGAUCCUGACGCCAGUGAGGUCAUCACCCAGACUUUGAUCCACUCCAUCAUCUGCGGAUUCGGCCUGAUUGGCAACGUCCUGGUGAUGGUGACUUACAGCUUCUACAAGAGAACCAAGACCAUGACGGAUGUCUACCUCUUCAACAUGGCCGUGGCCGACCUGAUCUUCGUGGCUACACUUCCGUUCGUCAUAUACAACGAGCAGCACGAUUGGUCGAUGGGGGUGGCCUGUAAGGUGCUCCGGUCGUCCUACAGCAUUAACCUCUACAGCGGCAUGCUGCUGCUCGCCUGUAUCAGCUGCGAUCGGUACAUCGCGAUUGUUCGGGCGACGCGCUCCUUUGGGACGCGCUCCCGUGCCCUCGUCUACAGCCGCCUGAUCUGCUUGGCGGUUUGGGUGUUUGCAGUGGCGUUAACUCUCCCCACGCUCAUCUACACUGAACCCUCUGAAGAUAACUCCCCGGGGUCUGACCGCGUCACCGUGAUGUGUCAGAUGUCUUUCAACCAGACUGAAACUGCGGCGCUCGUGAAGCUGCUGGUACCCAGCCUCCAGAUGGCUGUUGGCUUCCUGCUGCCACUGUGCAUGAUGGCGUUCUGCUACUCCUGCAUCAUCUACACGCUGCUGAGGGCGCAGAGCAACCAGCGGCACAAGGCCGUCCGGGUGGUGUUGGCGGUCGUUGCUGUCUUCAUCGUCUGCCAUCUUCCGUACAACGUGACCCUGCUGAUCCACAUGCUGUCUCUGUUCAAGCAGAGGAGCUGCGACGCCGAGAACCUUAAACUCAAAUUUCUCAACAUCUGCAGGACCGUCGCUUACCUGCACUGCUGUCUCAAUCCCUUCCUCUACGCCUUCGUCGGGGUCAAGUUCAGGAACCACUUCCGCCAGAUCAUGCUGGACCUCUGGUGCUUCAGCAAAAGGUACAUCUACACCGCUCGCUCGUCACGUGGCACGUCCGAGAUCUGCGUGUCAGGGCUGAAGUUGUCGGAAGGCUCCAACAACAUGUCGUCAUUCAGCGCUUAACACUUCAGCUAUAA